AUGAAAAAGUUUGGAAUCGUCCCUGACGUCAUCGACCAGGCUCCUUCAGAAAUAGUAAAAAUUAAAUAUGGAGACAAAUCUUUUGAAUUAGGUGAAGAAUUGACUCCAACAGACGUGAAGGAUCUUCCUACAACCGUUUCUUUUCCAUCCAAAGAAGAGGAUUUUCAUGCAAUUUGCAUGGUAGACCCUGACGCUCCUAGCCGCAGCAAGCCUGUCUAUCGAGAAUGGUUACAUUGGCUAGUCGUCAACAUCCCAGGAACUGAUAUCAGUAAAGGAAACACGAUUGCUGAAUAUAUAGGUGCAGGACCACCCAUAGAUACGGGAUUGCAUCGAUACGUUUUCCUAGUUUAUAAGCAACCUGCAGAGUUGAUGUGUGACGAGGAAAAAAUAUCUAAUACAUCCACUAAAGAUCGAGUGCAAUUUGAAAUACGGAAGUUUUCGAGAAAAUAUAGUUUAGGAGUCCCAAUUGCCGGGAAUUUUUUCUUAGCUCAAUGGGAUGAUUACGUUCCGAAAUUAUAUAAAAAGCUAGAAUAUAAUUAA